AUGAUUUGGAAAAUUGUUUUCGUCGCUUUCUUGGCCGUUGGUGUGCUCGGCGAAUACCAACUGAGCGAAAUACAGCGGCAACAGUACAGGGACAUGCUGAAGGCGCAAUGCAAAAAGAACGGCGCCGAAGACAAAGUUGAAGAAGUUCAGGAAGUUAUGAAGACUUUCGCUCAGUGUGUCAUGGGCUUAUUUGAUGUCAAUGCUCUGAAGCGCGAAAUUGAAGAAGCGAAACCUAACGGCGCCUUAGAUGAAGUGUUCAAGAAGUACUGCGCGAAGUCACCUCAACUCAAAUCCUGCAUCCACUCAUUGACGGCCGGCGUGGCUCCCUGCAUGGACCAAACCGCACGAGAGCACAUUGCGUCUGCUAACAACGCCACAGACCAACUCAUUGACUUCGUAUGCUUCAAAGAUGGCGACCGAAUUGCAUUGUUCAUCGCUGAAGGCGGUCCUGAGUGCUUCCAAGAGAAAUCGGGCCCGAUACGCGCGUGUGUCGAUAAAGUGAAGAGCAGUGUGUCGUCCAUUGAGGCAGCUCAAAUCUUAAGUCUGGGCGACCAGUGCGGCAAAUACGACGAACUCACAACGUGUAUUGUGAAAGCACUGGAAGAAUGCUCGACGCCCACGCCCGCAAACAUGGCCGAAUCUUUGUUCAGAUACGUGCGCAACGGAACGCCUUGCAAGAACCAGUAA